AUCAAGUUUUUUCUUUUCAUGUCACACAAGUGAGGCUUCGUCCAACAGUUACGGAUUCCCGCCCCCAACCCACCCCUCUGUGACUUAUAUGUCUCAACAACUUUAGUUGUUGUGGAUCGUUAUAACAACAUAAUUUAGUUUUUCCUCACGAGGAAAAGCUUCCGUAAAAUGCUCUUCUAUUUCAGGUAACCAGGGCAUGAACUCUAAUGAACAAAAGGAAUGAAAGAGACUAACGGGAGAGAAAAACAAAACAAAAACAGAGAGAGAGAGAGAGAGGGGGGAGUGAAAUAGAAAGAGACAGAGAAAGAAAACAAUAAAGCAUUGUAUUCAGUUAUCACCGACACAUUUUUUUCUAUUUGGAAAAUUCUUUUAGCUCUAAUCAUUUACCUGUAUGAUGCAUUUAAGAAGAGUUUGAUUGUAUAGAAACACUGGUCCCGAGCUACGGGUAUGAGCUCUUCACUCCUCUUCUCCUGCAGUCUGUGGUCAAUCACAGGUUAUAGGAAAUAGAAUAUUUCCAACAUGACCCUUGGUAUUGUAGCUGCACUGACAGCUGCCAGCACAAUUGCAGCAAUUAACUUCAUCUUUGUCAUUGCUAUUAUUGUUUGGAGAUGUAAACGAUGGAAAAAAUCAAAGCCUGUUCCAGUAACAUCACUGUCAUCCCAACCAACCAUUCUCAAAAGGAAACCUAUAAAUAUCAGCCGAUUGGAUCUGAAUCCGCAAAACUUAGCUGGGCAGCAAAAUCCUGUCUAUACAGUGCCAACCGUAAUACAAGCAGUUCCGAACAGAAAUCCAAUUUCAUAUGAGAGGCAAUCAAGCAGGUCCCCUAACAGUGUUUGGCCACCUCCUGGCCAGUUUUUAACGAUGAAUGAUUCAGUUAUGUGGCGUCCAAUUGAGAAUGAUACUGUUGUCCCUGCCAGACAACAAAUUCACAACUCGAAUGAAAGACCUGAAUACUUGAAGAGACAGAGAGAUCCAGGCUUUGGAUCAGUAGAAAUUUUACCUGAUUAUGAUAAUGAUGUAUGUUAUUGAUAUAAUAUGACUUGGU